UCUUAACGUAUACCAAAGGGUUGCUACUUCGGAUGUUAAUUUUUUCCUACAUUUUUUUCUCUCUCUUCUUUGUCCCUCAUUUCUCUUUUUUCUCUCUCCUCUUUUUUAACAAGACUGACUUGGCUCUCCGGCAUUGACUGGUUCUCAAGCAACUUCACUCCGGUAACUGAACUCAGCUAAAGAUCGUGAAGUCUCAUCUGUGAGUCAAAACGAAGUCAGUUUCUAACAGUUGAAAGUCUUCCCAAGGGAUGAUUAGACACUGAGAGAAGAAUACACUUACAUUUGAGGAUGAAUCUGGGGAGAUUUUCAACUCCCCAAGGGAAUAGAAUUAUCCAAAAUGGGGAUCCUUGGGUUCCUGCUACUCCACAAAAGCCAGUUUUGCAAAGUCCCGAUCUUAUUCCAGCUGAAAUGCAAGGAAAUCUGAUGGAAAGGUCAGAUUGGCAGGAUCUGCUUGGGAUUUAUGGUAACUUUUUACAAAAACCUGCUCAUGGUACAGGAGCAGUUCAGAAUCCAAUCAACCCAGUGAAUUUGAAUAAGGAUUAUAUUGGUCAGUGGAAUAAUGCAGCAGUCGACUACAGAAGCUCUGAUAUAGAUAUCAACCGCUGUGAAAAUGUGCCAGGUCACGGUAGGCCUGCUUGCACUAGAGUUAAUUCAUUAGCAGAAUUGCUGGGGAUGAAGAACCAGUCAUAUAUGCCCUCCACCAGUGGAAGAUCAAGCAAUAGUAUCCACCUCAAUGAUUUACCAACCUUUCAGAAUUCAUAUUCUCAAGUCGAAAGCAGAUAUGAGCAACUUCAGGCAGGUCCGAAUUUUCUGAAGGAGAGUCAAGUGUUUAUUCCAAAUCAGACGUUUGAUUGUUACAGCAACCAGCGACUACCACUUGAUGGAAUUCUAGGCCCAUAUCGGGUCAAUAAAUCCAUGUACUCAUCCUUGACACCAGAUGCUGGUACAGGUUCAAGCAGAAGUAGUUUCUUCCCAAUUGCACCAGUAACACCAGAACAAAAGCAAUUCAAGGAUGACCAGCUUUUUGAGAGACAGAAUUUCUCAAUAGAAGAAAGCUCUAGUCUUGAGAAAGAUAAGCAGGAGAAUGUUCUGGGGUCUAUGCAAUGCAAAGAUAACCACUCUGAUAAACAGUUACAGAGAGUCGCAGAUUCAUUGGUUGCAACAUCAUUGAGUGAAAAGAUCGAUGAUGAGAACAAAGGUAAUGGAGACAUUGACCUGAACAAGACACCACAGCUGAAACCUCCCAAAAGGCGAAAACACCGGCCGAAGGUAGUAAUAGAAGGGAAAACCAAAAGAACUCCGAAGCCUGCUGCCCCAAGAAAUAGUACUCCAAAUGAGAAUCCAUCAGGAAAAAGGAAGUAUGUCCGUCGAAAGGGCCUCGAAGAUUCAACAGCUGAACAAACUGAAGUUGUUGAGCCUGCUGCUCCAAGAAAUAGUCUUCCAAAUGAGAACACAUCAGGAAAAAGGAAGUAUGUUCGUAAAAAGGGCCUAAAAGCUUCAACAACUCAACAAACCGAAGUUGGUGACAAGGACAGAGCUCCUGAUGCUGGAGACACAGCAAAAUCAUGUCGGAGAAUGCUAAAUUUUGAAGACAGAACAAAAGAUGAAAGCCUGGCCAGUACCAAUAUCAGCCAAGCAGAAAAACAUCAGCAAAGAAAGGAGUCUUUUGAUUUGAACUUGAGUUCUCAAGAUAUGGAGUCACCUUUGGCUAUCAUGGAGGCUUCUGCAAUACCACCUGGGCAGAAUCAGCAGAAUGGAGAAAUUGCAGAGAAAAGGCGAACAGAAACUGCACCUUAUGUAAUCAGUUCCUCCAUUGAAAAGCCAAAAGAUUUGGCAUUGCCACUUCCUUCAGCAAAUCAAGUUACAACGAAGAACCAGGCACUGAAUGCCAUUGCAAGAAGUCUAAGCAUGCGAAACGUUAAUCAGCACCAAAACAGCAUUCAGCUUGGGUGUGAUCAAGUGCCAGUUCAUGGAGCUGGAAUAGGCCACUUUGUCUUUGAGGCAAAAGAUACUAGACCCAAGAGAGACGAAGCAAGGCAGCUGGCACUGGAAAGGACACCUCUGCUUUUGGGAGACACAGCUUCUGCACACGAAAAAAGAGGAUCCAAGAGAGAUCAGUGCCACAUCUCCGAGUUUCAACCUAAAACUUUUAGCCAGAUGGGAUCGGUCUGCUCAGACAUGUUAGGGAUUGACAAUAUUAGAAGAAAUUGCAGCACAUUUGGUUUAGGAGAUUCAGAGAUUCACAAAAAAACAAAGUUAGAUUCUGAAAUAUAUGGCACUGUAUCCGGUAUACCUUCCAGUACUACAGCUUCAAUGCAUGGCUCAGUAAAGUUCCAGUCAACUAGCUUGAACAUAAACAGAUAUGUUGGAUUCCCAGGUAGCGGAGCCAAUGGUGAGGGCAGUAGGCGUUGCGCUAGUCCCAUGAUUGAUAAACAUAACUUUCAAAAGCAACCAACCCCAUCUCAAUCCCAUUCUUAUACACAAUCAAUAUCUCAGAAAAUAUCCCAACAAUUGACUGAAAGACAUGGACCCCAAGCGCAGGCCAGUAGUAACUGGAAUCUUCAGUCUCAACCCCAAGCUCUCUCUAUGUUUGUACAAGAGAUCAGGAAGAGAAUUUCUCGCAAUAACAUGCUAGCACGGAUGCAGAACAUGGGGCAGACAUCAUCCAAUGAACUAUUCAAUAAGGGGGAGAUGCUUACAAGAGACAACAAGAAAUUACGAGGUGACGAACAUCUCCCAACAAAAGCUAGAGGCUUACAAGGAACACGCAGAUAUGCAGCGGCAGUCGAUAUGAUCACACACCGAUUGGAACGCCUUGCUAUCAGUGACAGCAAGAAAUAUACUGCUCAAGAGGAGCAAAAGGCCCUUGUUCCAUACAAGGGAGAUGGCACUAUUAUCCCAUAUGAGAGAUUUGAUCCAAUAAAAAGACGUAAGCCACGGCCCAAAGUGGACCUUGACCCAGAGACCAACAGACUUUGGAACCUCUUAAUGGGGAAGGAAGGAGGUGCAGAGACAACGGACAAGGACAACGAAAAAUGGUGGGAAGAUGAAAGAAAAGUCGUCCGUGGACGGGUAGACUCUUUUGUCGCACGAAUGCGCCUUGUUCAAGGAGACAGGAGGUUCUCACCUUGGAAAGGAUCUGUAGUCGACUCAGUGAUCGGAGUGUUCCUCACACAGAAUGUUUCAGAUCAUCUCUCAAGCUCCGCUUUCAUGUGCCUUGCAGCCAAGUUUCCCUUGCAGCCGACAAGCACCAAGAACACCCUCUCCCAGAAUGGGUGUAACACAGUAGUGGAGGAACCAGAAGUCGAAAUAAUAGAUCCAGAUGGGACUAUCACAUAUCAUCAAGCUAGACUACAGGUGCCUACACGUCAUCAAGGCUCCAUAACAUGCAGUGAAUCAUCUGAGCACAGAAUGGAAGAUCGCAUUCAAACAACUGGAGCUUAUUUAGUAAGUGAGCAUGAAAAGAGAACAGACGAGGAAGUCAUUUUAUCACAAAACUCUCCUGACUCUCUCAUUCUUCAAGCCAAUGAAGAACUCAGGUCAAGCUCCGGAUCCAACUCAGAAUGUGAAGACCAACCAAGUUGGCCCAACUUGAACAAGAAUGGUACUCGAGCAAACCGUUCUCCGCCGGCAAAGUGGCCUGCUGCAUUCCAGGAAUACCAGAGUCACUUUAUGAGGAAUACACAAUCAGAAAACAUGCCCAUCUUCAGGAAUCAUAAGUCAGAAGCUGUAGCGGGUAUCAGGCAUAAUCAAACUCUUGAUGUCUUGCAUGGUUAUCCAAUCAAUCCACAUGUUCAGGGCCAAGAAAAAUCAGCAAGAACUUCCAGUAGUUUCUGGUUGACCAUGACACCAGAAUUUGGAAAACAUGAAACAGCAUGCCGUGAGAAAGAAAUUGCCUCCUCUUUGACUUCAAUAACUCCAGAACCCAAUGUCGCAAAAGGAGUAGACUUCCUGAGCAGAAGCGUGAAACAGAUAACAGGAAGUUCAAGUACUUUGACAGCUCAGCGAACCACAGUGCCCAUUGUUCAUGCACCAAGAAUGGAAGAAUAUGCAUUUGCAAGUAAGCACAGAGAAGAGGAAGGAAAUUUACAAAUGCAGCCUCACAAUGGAAAUUAUCAACAUUCUGUAAGUUGCCAUCCAAAGGAGAUGUCAAUGGCCUCACAACUAGAAAGCACUUGCAUCCGACAGUCGGUAAACUGUGCAGAAGUCAUUGCUAAAGGACAAGAAGAGGUUCAAGCUUAUAUUUCAAGCGAGCAACCCAGUGUAACAGGCACCAGCAUCUCAAAUACAAGAAAAAGGAAAACUGAGGAAGGAGAUAAGAAAGCUUUUGACUGGGAUAGCUUGAGAAAGCAAGUCCAACCAAAGAGUGGGAAAAAAGAAAGAAGCAAAGAUGCAAUGGACUCACUGAACUAUGAAGCAGUUAGAUGUGCACCAGUUAAAGAAAUCUCUGAUGCUAUUAAGGAACGAGGGAUGAACAACAUGCUGGCAGAGCGAAUUAAGGACUUCCUCAAUAGACUGGUAACGGAUCAUGGAAGUAUUGACCUAGAAUGGUUGAGAGAUGUGGCCCCAGAAAAAGCAAAAGAGUAUCUAUUAAGUAUUCGUGGACUGGGCCUGAAAAGUGUAGAAUGUGUGCGGCUAUUAACACUUCACAACCUUGCUUUUCCAGUUGACACAAAUGUUGGACGAAUUGCUGUGCGACUAGGAUGGGUUCCUCUCCAACCACUUCCUGAGUCACUGCAGUUGCAUCUUCUUGAACUGUAUCCGGUUCUGGAGUCAAUUCAGAAGUAUCUCUGGCCACGAUUGUGCAAGCUCGACCAGAGAACAUUGUAUGAAUUGCACUACCAUAUGAUUACAUUUGGAAAGGUUUUUUGCACCAAAAGUAAACCAAAUUGUAAUGCAUGCCCGCUGCGAGCCGAGUGCAGACACUUCGCUAGUGCUUUCGCGAGUGCAAGACUUGCCCUUCCCGGCCCACAAGAGAAGAGUAUAGUGAGUUCGACAGUUCCAAUCUCUGGUGGAGGAAUUGCAGCUGCCCCACUCAAGCCUAUGCUAUUACCCCCAGCAGGUGAAGGAAGAAUGAUUAGCCCAUGUGCUCCAGUUGAAGCUGGAAACAUCCCUGAUUUCCUGAACAAACCAAUGCCAAUACCUCAAGAGAUAACCAUCUUGGAUAGAGAAACAACUCUCAUUACCAGCAAUUGUGAACCUAUUAUUGAGGAACCAAAAUCACCAGAACCGCUGCCAGAACUUUUGGAAAGUGACAUUGAGGAUGGAUUUAUUGAGGAUCCUGAUGAAAUUCCAAUGAUCGAACUCAACAUGAAAGAGUUUACGUCCAAUUUGGAGACUAUUUUGCAAGGGCAUAACAAAGAAGGUGAGUUAUCCAAAGCUCUGGUGGCUUUGAAUCCAGUUGCAGCUUCAAUUCCUACUCCCAAGCUGAAAAAUGUCAGUCGCCUACGGACAGAACACCAAGUGUACGAACUCCCAGAUUCUCAUCAAUUGUUGGAAAAGCUGGAUAAACGAGAACCUGAUGACCCAAGUCCAUACCUUCUGGCAAUAUGGACACCAGGUGAGACUGUAAAUUCAAUUCAACCUCCUGAAAUAAAGUGUGAUCCCAAUGGCUCGGGGAGCCUGUGCAAUGAAAAGGAUUGCUAUUCAUGCAAUGGCAUUAGAGAAGCAAAUUCACAAACCGUAAGAGGCACGCUACUGAUACCAUGCCGAACAGCAAUGAGAGGGAGCUUCCCACUCAAUGGCACAUACUUCCAGGUCAAUGAGGUUUUUGCGGAUCAUGAAUCCAGUCUUAAUCCAAUUAAUGUUCCGAGAAAAUUGCUAUGGUCCCUGCCAAGAAGGACCGUGUACUUUGGGACCUCUGUCUCAACUAUUUUUAAAGGCUUGUCAACAGAACAAAUUCAGCACUGCUUCUGGAGAGGAUUUGUCUGUGUGAGGGGAUUUGAUCACAAGACAAGAGCCCCACGACCUCUCAUUGCUAGAUUGCACUUCCCCGCAAGUAAGUUGGUCAAAAAUAGAAGUGAUGACAGAAAAAAGGAGGGAGCUGCUGCAGAGAAGGUUGCUGGUUACAACUCACCAAAAUCUGCCCAUAUGAAGUAGAGAAACACUGCCGAGUAGGAUAAGAAUUUGAUGACUAACACAUUGUUGACGUUCAGUAACCUCACCUUAACAGGAGAUACAAGUUUACAUGUUACAGCAGCACAAUAUUUGAAGUCACCCCUUGGCAAAGAGGGUGUAGUGUACAAUUAACAUCUCCUAUUCUUUCAUUUAUGCUCACAAACUGAGCCAUUUUUCAAGAAUUAGCAAUACAAAGCAAUAAUAGAUGUAGGAAAAUUGAGAUGUAACGUUCAUUGUUUGAUUGUGCAAACAGUUAAUGCCAAUGCAAUGGAAAUUUUUUUUUUAAUUCA